UCAAAUACGGAAAUACCAAUAUGUCAGUCCGUGAAGUCAAUCGCAUGUUUGAUGUUCUUAGUUUUGUAGAUACCGCAUAAUUAAUUUAAUUUACUAACAGUAUUUCCACAAUUAAUUAAUUAUAGUGUUAAUUGAAGUGAAGUGCCGAUAAAGUUAAGAGAUCUCUUUGAAGAGAAGAGUACAAUUUAUGUUAAUACAAAAAUGUUAAGUGUGUCACAACUAUGCCGCUGCAGUCAGUCUCUGAGGUUUGCUCAGAGCAACCUGCUGGUCUCCGGAACAAGGAACACCUUCAGAACAACAAAUGUCAUCAGCAGACAGCUCAUCACACACAGCUCUAAAGGGAACACUAGUAAAGGAUUAAGACUAUCAGACCUCCUUAAGCCGCAGAACAUCAUCGUCCGCUUCUGCAGCAAUGCGCCGAAGCCCAAGCCCAAGUCUACGAAAGCCGUCGGCUACUGGCUGCUCGGCUGCUCCGGCAUGGUGUUCACCGCCGUCGUGCUAGGUGGGGUCACCAGACUGACAGAGUCGGGGCUGUCCAUGGUGACGUGGAAGCUGACGGGCGAGAAAAUGCCGCGCACCGAGGAGGAGUGGCAGACAGAGUUCGAGAAGUACAAGCAGUACCCCGAGUUCAUAUACAAAAACCAGUCCAUAACACUAUCAGAAUUCAAAUGGAUCUGGUACAUGGAGUUCGCGCACCGCACGUGGGGCCGCGCUAUCGGCGCCGCCAUGUUCCUGCCCGCCGCCUUCUUCUGGGCGCGCGGGUAUCUCGACAAGGCUAUGAAGAUGAGAGUGGCGGCCUAUUGUGUGCUCGUCGGAGCACAGGGUCUUAUGGGCUGGUACAUGGUAAAAUCUGGCUUGGAAGAUCGUUUCCAAGGACCUUCAGACGUGCCCAGAGUAUCUCAGUAUAGAUUGGCAGCGCAUUUAAGUUUGGCAUUUAUUCUUUACACGGCGCUCCUCUCGGGAGCACUCAGGGUUCUACGCCCAUUCCCAGCUGCUACUGCCCUUCAGACGUUGAAGGAGCUGAAGACAGUCACAGCUUUAACCCAUACGGUUAAAGCUAUGGCUUUCCUUACCGCUGUGUCAGGUGCCUUCGUGGCCGGCCUGGACGCGGGGCUGGUGUACAACUCGUUCCCCAAAAUGGGCGACGACUGGAUCCCGGACGACAUCCUGUCGUUCAAGCCGGCCCUCCGCAACGUGACGGAGAACCCGACGACGGUGCAGUUCGACCACCGCGUGCUGGGCACGAGCACGCUGCUGCUCACCUCCGCGCUGUGGCUGCGGGCGCGCCGCGCGCCGCUGUCGCGCGCCGCCCGCGCCGCCGCGCACGCGCUCGGGGCCAUGGCCUGGGUACAGGUGAGCCUGGGCGUCCUGACGCUGCUGCACUACGUCCCGACGCCGCUGGCCGCGUCGCACCAGUCGGGCUCGCUCGUGCUGCUGUCGCUCUCCAUCUGGCUCAUGCACGAGAUCAAACUCCUCAAGUACAUACCAAAGUAGACCACUGCAUUUAUUGUUAAAUAAACUCGUUUAGUUUUA